AUGCGUAUCGACAAUCUUGAGGAUGUCAUCAUCUCGAUCCUUGCAGCACACCCGACCCUGAGGGUAAGCAGUCAUACCCGACUUUACGGAAGGUCCCCGAUGGCUCAAAUGUACGGCCGGGGCGCCAAGCACGACACAAUGGAAUGGAAGUUUCGAGCCUGGCGGAGAGAAGCUCAGAAGCUUCGCGCCACUGGAGGCGAGAGUACUUUCCAGCAGCAACCAACCGGUCGAAAGAAGACCCGCAAGGCAUCUGCUGCUACCAAGGGCUUGUCCUCAUCAGGCAAGCCAUCGAAAAGCAGACGGGAAAAAUUGCGAGCUGAUUCAGACAAAGAGGAAUAUGUCCCAAGCACGGCAUCUCUGGACUUUGAGAGCGACACUUCUGAGAAUGACUCGCUGCUCAAUGAACCCACAGUCAACAACGAGCGAAUUACUCGGAGAACCCGCACGAGAAAGAUGGCCAUUAAGUUUCAGUCCGUUACUGACUCCGACAUCGAUGACGAGAUUUUCCUUCUUGGCACAUAUCCAUGCAAGAAGGUCAGGUUCACACCAAAUGCCAAGCAGGAGGGAGAGUGUGAAAUGGCGCCGAUAAGCCGGUUUUCCAAAUACAAAUCGCCUCCGCCUGUCACUGAAAGCGCGACUACAGAUACAGAUUCACAUGGAACUGCGAGCAUGUGCGAUGCCAGCGCUAACAACAGCGAUGGUGACAGCGAUAGUGAUAUUGAUAGUGACAGCGAUGGUGACAGCGAUGAUGUCAGCGGGACCGAUUAUGGCAUUUCUGGUAGCAGCCGGGCUAUCAAGAAGAGAUCAACGAAUGCCGCGGUUGAUGCAGAUGCCCACAGUGGCGAUAAUAGCAGUUUCUUUUGGCAUGGUCCCUAUUGGAGAUCCAUCAAUGAUCUCUGA